UCCGCAUAGCGCCACACAGCUCGCGCUCAGGCUCGCGGUAGGCGGGAAUGGAGUGAGCGGAAGCCCGAGCAGAGGGGACUGAGUGGCAGCUUAACUCCGCCCCGGUGGCGCUGACACCGACACGUUCACACACACAUACAAAACUGGUUUCGCGUCUGAAGAGGAGGAGGAGGAGAGAGAGAAAGAGAGAAAGAAAGAGAGAGAGAGAGUACCAGAACCCCUCUCCUCUUCCAGGCUUCCUCUCUCUCUCUCUACCUGUAAGUUGAAGGAGUUCUCUGAGCCGGGUCUUCACCAUGCUGGACCCGUCCUCCAGCGAGGAAUCCGGGGGAGAACUCCCACCUGAGGACGAGCCGCCGCUCCAGCCACCUGAAAAACCCUCGAAAAAGAGCCCCAAGUCCGAGAAAAGCUCAGGAGGAGCUCACCAGCGCACACCAGCCAAGAAACCUCCACCACCUGCUGCCUCCUCCUCUCCUGCGGAGGAGACCGAGACCGAGCAGCAGAGAGUCCAGAAAGAGGAGUCCGAGAGAAAGACCAAACUCCAGAUCUAUGUGUUCGUGCUGCGCUGUAUAGCCUACCCUUUCAACGCCAAACAGCCCACGGAUAUGGCACGACGACAGCAGAAGCUCAACAAGCAGCAGUUGCAGGCAGUGAAGGAGCGCUUUCAGGCAUUUUUGAGAGGAGAUACGCAGAUUGUGGCUGAUGAGGCUUUCUGCAAUGCAGUGCGCAGUUACUACGAGGGCUUUCUGAAGAGUGAUCGAGUUGCCCGCAUGGUGCAGAGUGGAGGCUGCUCAGCCAGUGAUUUCCGCGAGGUCUUUAAGAAGAACAUUGAACGUCGUGUGCGCAGCUUACCUGAGAUUGACGGCCUGAGCAAAGAGACUGUCCUGAGCUCCUGGAUCACCAAGUACGACACCAUCUUCAGAGGCGAUGAAGACCAGCGGCGACCGCAGGGCCGCAUGCCCUUCAGCGCAGUGUCCGAGCUCAUCCUCAGUAAGGAGCAGCUCUAUGAGAUGUUCCAGCAGAUCUUGGGCAUCAAGAAGUUUGAGCAUCAGCUGCUCUACAAUGCCUGUCAGCUGGACAAUGUGGAUGAGCAGGCAGCACAGAUCCGCCGAGAAUUGGAUGGGAGGUUGCAGCUCACUGAGAGAAUUGCCCGAGAGAGAAAGUUCCCUAAGUUUACAUCGAAGGACAUGGAGUUGAUGUACGUGGAGGAGCUGAGAUCGUCUAUCAACCUGCUAAUGGCGAACCUCGAGAGCCUGCCUGUAGCCAAAGACUUGAAGCCUAAGAUUAAGCCAAAACUCACACCUAUGAACAGCUUUUUGGAUAUAGGUGACGAGAAUGACCUGCCGCUCUCCAAAUCAGACGUAGUGCUGUCCUUCACCCUGGAGAUUGUAAUUAUGGAGGUGCAGGGGCUGAAGUCAGUGGCUCCGAACAGAAUCGUUUACUGUACCAUGGAAGUAGAAGGAGGAGAGAAGCUCCAGACAGACCAGGCAGAGGCAUCCAAACCACAGUGGGGCACCCAGGGGGACUUCACCACUACCCACCCCCUGCCGGUGGUCAAAGUGAAGCUGUUCACCGAAAGCACCGGAGUUCUGGCCCUGGAGGACAAAGAGCUGGGAAGGGUGGUGUUAAACCCUACAACAAACGGCCCUAAAGCUGCAGAGCUGCACAAGAUGGUGAUCCCCAAAAAUAGCCAGGAUACAGAUCUGAAGAUCAAACUGGCCGUACGCAUGGACAAGCCCCCCAACAUGAAGCACAGCGGGUACCUCUAUGCAUUAGGACAGAGAGUUUGGAAGCGAUGGAAGAGGCGAUAUUUUGUCCUUGUUCAGGUCAGUCAGUACACAUUCGCCAUGUGCAGUUACAGAGAGAAAAAGUCGGAGCCGCAGGAGCUCAUGCAGCUGGACGGCUACACGGUGGAUUACUCUGAGCCGCAGCCAGGUCUUCAGGGAGGUAAAGCUUUCUUCAGUGCUGUCAAAGAAGGGGACCUGGUGGUAUUUGCCACAAGCGAUGAGCCAGACCGAAUGCUGUGGGUACAGGCCAUGUACCGCGCCACAGGUCAAUCCUACAAGCCGAUGCCACCCGCCCAGAACCAGCAGCAGAACUGCAGAGGAGGCAACAUCCAGAAAGACAGCCCUUCUUCAUUACUCAGUUUGGAGAAGGCAGGAGUGGAGGAGCUCAUCUCAGCAGUGCCCUGCAGUUACGAUCACGCCAACCUCUUCCGAACGCUGCAGAAACUCACACUCGUCCACCGCAUGAAUGACUCUUUCUCCUGCCUGGGAUGGUUCAGCCCAGGCCAGGUGUUUGUUCUGGAUGAGUACUGUGCAAGAUACGGUGUGAGGGGGUGCCAUCGCCACAUCUGCUACCUGAAGGACCUGAUGGAAUUCUCAGAGAACAAUGCCUUGGUGGACCCCACCCUGCUCCAUUACAGCUACGCCUUCUGCGCUUCUCACGUCCAUGGGAACAGGCCAGAUGGAAUGGGCACCGUGACAGAGGAGGAGAAGGAGGAGUAUGAAGAAGUAAGGAGCAGACUGUUAAUUCUACUAGAGAACCAGAUCACACAUUUCAGAUACUGUUUCCCCUUUGGGCGACCGGAGGGGGCUCUGAAAGCCACGUUGUCUCUUCUAGAACGGGUUCUUAUGAAAGACAUCACCACACCAGUCCCUGUUGAGGAGAUGACUAAGAUUGUUAAGAAGUGCCUGGAAAAAGCUGCGCUUAUUAAUUACUCCCAGCUGACGGAUUAUGCCCAGUUUGAAGCUGACAGCUCCCAGGCCCCUCCUGAGAAGAGGUUAGAGGACAUGAUGCGUCUCGGGGAGCUGUGUAUGGAGGUGCUUCAACAGAACGAUGAGCAUCACUCAGAGGCCUUCUCCUGGUGGUCAGAGGCGAUGGCGGAGCACGCUGAGAUCUUCCUGUCCCUGUACACAGUGGACAUGGACGCUGCUCUGGCUGUACAGCCACAGGACUCCUGGGACAGCUUCCCUCUGUUUCAGCUGCUCAACAACUUCCUGCGCACUGACCCUCAGCUGUGCAAUGGGACUUUCCACAAACACCUUCAGGAGCUCUACAUGCCUCUAGUGGUGCGCUACAUUGACCUGAUGGAGUCGUCCAUCGCUCAGUCUGUCCAUCGUGGCUUUGAACAAGAGACCUGGCAGUCAGUUAAGACUAUUACCAACAAUCUGCCAAGUGUGCCUUUGCCUAAAGUUCCCAACCUGCCCCUCAAUCUUCCUCAGAUGCCCAGCUUCUCCACCCCCUCCUGGAUGGGACCACUAUGUGAUAACACCUUGCAAGGAAUUAAUUUGCCAGAUAUUUUUAAUGGCUCAGCAACAUCAGAGGACCUGUUCUGGAAGCUGGAUGCCCUCCAGAUAUUUGUGAUGGACCUGCACUGGCCAGAGCCAGAAUUUGCCAAACAUCUGGAGCAGCGUCUGAAGCUCAUGGCCAGUGACAUGAUGGAGGCCUGUGUCAAAAGGACCAAAACAGCAUUUGACUCAAAGAUGCAAAAAGCAAACAAGUCCACCGACUUCAGGGUGCCCCUCUCCGUGUGCACGAUGUUCAACGUUCUUAUGGAUGCAAAGAAGCAGUGCUCAAAACUCUGCAUCCUUGACCAAGGCCAAGAGAUUGACAAACAGUGGCAACAGUACCAUUCUAAAAUUGAUGUUCUGAUCGAUGAGGCCUUUAAAGAGAUGAUCUCUUGCCUGGUUUCUAAGUUUGCUGCUGUUUUGGAUAGCGUGCUGUCCAAGCUGUCACGAUAUGAUGAAGGGACAUUCUUUUCUUCAAUCCUUUCUUUCACUGUAAAAGCAGCAGCCAAGUAUGUGGAUGUCCCAAAACCUGGUAUGGAUCUAGCAGACACCUACAUUACAUUUGUGAGGCAAAAUCAGGACAUUCUCAGAGACCGAGUCAAUGACGAGAUGUACACUGAGAAAAUCUUUGAUCAAUGGUACAACACCUCCAUGAAGGCAGUGUGUGUGUGGCUGACUGACAGACUGGACCUGCAGCUCCAUGUAUAUCAGCUUAAAACCCUAAUCAAGAUAGUCAAGAAAUCCUACCGGGACUUCCGGCUGCAGGGAGUGUUGGACAGCACCUUAAACAACAAAAACUACGAGACCAUCUACAACCGGCUUACUAUAGAAGAGGCCACGGCAGCGGUGUCAGCUGGAGACGGCCUGCAAGGCAUCAGCAUGAGGGACAGUGAUGAAGAGGACGGUUAAUGAAUCAACUCUGGCUGCCCAUGUUUCACUUCGCCUGACUUAGAAAUGUAUUAAAUGUUGAGUAAACAUUUUUUCGGGACAAGGCUGUUUCUCCCCCAGUUCCUCGUGUCCAGGCUUAGCUCUACUGAUGUCACUACAGUAUGCUUGUACAGUGUAGUUCAAAGAGCACCCGCGGACAGCUCACACAUCUGGAUCUUUGUUGUACUUCAUUUGAUGUCCAGUGAUUUGGUAAAUUAAUGUCCAACAAUGCUGGUUCUAACUGUGAACAUUUGAGGUGCUGGUGAUGGAAGCUACAUGUAGGCACUGCUGAAGAACAACACAAACUAACUAAAGCGCUUCAGAGUCACAGUGUCACAGGCCUGGUACACAUCCAGAUCAAAAAUGUAAUAAUGCUCUGAUCCGCUCUUUGCACUGUGGCUUUAUCUUUGUUGGUACACGCCGGCCAAAUGUCUGAAGCGAGGAUAAGAUGCUAGUCGUGCAUUGUUUGAUAAUGAUAUAGAUCUGACGUUUAAUUCUUUUAUGAAAGUAAUGAUCAGUUGUGUGCACAGUUGUGUUUAUUACUGUAUGUUGUUGAUGUCCAGCUCUGUUUUACUUAAAAAAGAAUCUGUCACUGAAUUUUAAGAAGAGAUGUAGGCUAUAUUUCUAUUGUCUAUUGUGCAUCUGUGCCAACUGUGCACAGGUGUGUUUUAAGUGUUAGAAAUAAAAAGUGUUUUUAAUGUUAACAUCUGCGACUUUAUUGACUUUAUUAAAGCUCAAUUUUGGACA